AUGAAAAUCUUACCAUGGUUGGCUGUAUGGGUUCUGGCGCAAUGUGUACAUACCUCGGCCGAGACGACCGAGAGCACCGAGAGCACUGAUACGACGUCCACAACCACCAGCACUAGCAGCGCCACCAUCACCAGCACUACAUCAGACACAACUACUGGGUAUAUUGUUGUCACAUCGGAAACUUCAGUCGCAGUCCCUACCGGAGACUACAUCAGCUAUACCACUACCGAGAUCGUGUCAUCUGCUGAACUCAAUGCCACAGCCUCGAGCAACGCUACGGCCUCUACAACUGCUACAGAUGUCGUUCUUGUCGGAACAGGCAGCUCUACCAGCACGUCCACUUCUUCAGCUUCAAGUGCAACAAAUACGCAAACAUGCAACGGCUACACCGAGUUCUGCGAGAGAAGAUACUCCAACAUCACAAUGGUGACGGCGCAUAACAGCCCGUUCGUGAAAAAGAACAAUAUAGCAUCAAAUCAAUACUACGACGUCACAACACAACUAGACGACGGUAUACGCAUGAUAUCCUUCGAGGCACACUACUAUGACGACGACAUCUAUCUGUGUCACACCUCCUGCGAACUUCUCAACAUGGGUACCCUGGAGGCCUACCUGACAACCGUGACGAAAUGGAUCAAGAAAAACCCCUACGAUGUCGUCACAGUCCUGAUCGUGAACUCCAACUACGUAUCUCCUUCGAAUUUCAGCGCCCCUAUAAAGAAUUCCGGAUUAAUCGACUAUGCAUACGAGCCCUGGAAAAUCCCAAUGAGUCUAGACGACUGGCCCACCCUGUCCGAAAUGAUCCUCACCUCCAAGCGCGCAGUCGUCUUCAUGGAUUACGAAGCCGAUCAAACGGAAUAUCCUUAUAUCUUGGAUGAAUUUUCUCAGAUGUGGGAGACGCCGUUUUCACCAUUGAACCGUUCAUUCCCUUGCACUACUCAGCGACCCACUGGAAUUACCAAAGCCAAGGCCGAGGACCGGAUGUACAUGGCGAAUCACAACCUCAAUCUGGAGAUUAUCUUCGAUGAUAUCGAUAUUUUGAUCCCGGACUCAGCACAGAUCAAUGUGACGAAUGCGGUAUCUGGAUAUGGAAGUCUGGGGCUAAUGGCCAAUAAUUGUCGAAGCGAAUGGGAUCGACCGCCAAAUUUCCUUCUUGUGGACUACUACAAUGAUGGCAAUUUCGCAGGCUCGGUUUUCAAAGUGGCUGCUGAGAUGAAUAAUGUCACUUACAACGGUGACUGCUGUGGGACAACAUCGGAUGCUGCGAUGAUGAACGGCGGUCUGCAUUUGUCUUUUAUGAUUGCUUUUAUGAGCACAUUAUUGGCAUAUUCGAUGUAG